AUGGGACAAGUCCCAGAUUUACCGAACCAAGUGUCCACACACUUCCGAUGGAACACGUGUCCGCAACCUGGAAGCCCCCGGCACCAUUGUCCUAUUCUGAAUCUAUCAAGACAAACCACGCAAUCGCCUCUCCGCCGUGUAAUGGGCUCUGAGAACUUGAAUCGGGGAAGAUUUUCCACGAAUGAGGAAGAUAAUGGACCUGACGGUUGGCGUCGGGGAUUAGGGCUUUGGGGAUUAGGGAGUUGGGGACUAGGGCUUUGGGGAUUAGGGUGUUGGGGAUUAGGGCUUCUAGGUUGGCGACGGAUAAAAGGGCGGAUGAUGACGAGGAGAAGAUAA